AUGGAUACAUCAGAACAUCAAUUUACUGAGAUCCAGAAAGAAUACCAAAAUGCCCUUGUUAAAGUUUAUUUGUUGAGUAAAGACCAAACUUUAUCACAACACCAUCUUAGGAUUUGUUUAGAAGAAAUUAAUAAGUUAAUAUCAGAUAUAAUUUCUAUUAGAAGAAAACAAGAACAAAUAAAUCAACAAAACCAAAUCAUUAAAGUACAUCAAGAAAGAGUAAAAAAGAUAUUAGUUAAUUUAAAAGAUAAUUUAACUACAAAAGAAGUUAAAGAAAUAAACAAAAUCAAAGAAAAAUAUGAAAAUUUCAUUAAUAUGACAUCAACCAAAAUUGAAUUUACUGAAGUAUCAAUUCAACUUGAACAACAAUAUUAUCUUUCUAUUAUAUCUAUUUUACAACAACAAAAUGAAAUAAAGUCGAUGGUAUGUUUUCUUUAUCCGUUAAUUAUUAAAUUUAUUCUUUUUUAUUUUGUUCUUUUUAUAAAAUGA